UGGCGGUGCCGGCGGGUUCUGUGAUAACGAAAAGCAUUGUUGUAAUCUGCUGUAAUAUUAUAGAACAGACGGAAAAGAGUCACCGCUACUCCAGCUGCUGCAGACGAUUGCGGAGGAAUCGAUGAAACCCAGUUCCUGUUGAUCGGAAUCAGUCGAACAAUAAAAAAAAACAACGGUGCAGAUGUAGUGGUGCGUUCGGUCCACAUUUAGCGAGAGUGAAGAGCAACUCGGCGAGAGCACUUCGGAGGGUCAAGUUACCGCAGAAACAUCCAAUUUGCCUCCUGUACGAGUUUGUUCGAAGUUUGGGAAGUUCCGAGUUCCGUUCUACUGGCAGUACUGGACGUGCGCGUCCCAGAAGUCCGCGGAAAUUCCAGGGGAUUAAUCCCGCCGGUCGAUGUGUAGUGUCGAGUGGUGAAAAGUGCGGCCAGCUUUCGAGGAAGCCGAGGUGUCUGCCAAAAUGGCAAACGUCGCCGAUGGAAGGCCAUCGGACGACGGAAAUCUGUUUCACAUCAACUUGGCCGGAUCGAAUAGUUUGGCGGAAAGUGAGUAUGCGAUUCGGUUUGGUUGCUGCCGGCUUUGCUGCAACGACGAAAGCAAUCUCCGCGAGCUGUUUCCUGCGGGAUACAGGGAUGAAGUUCUUCUACGCAAAAUUGUCGCUUGCACCACAGUCAAGAUAGAAUAUUCCGAUGAUGAAGAUGCGUUGAUUUGCUUCGCGUGUGUAUCAAAAAUCGAAGAAUUCUAUCAGUAUCGAGAGCAGUGCCGGACCAACGAUGUACUGCAGCGGAACUGGAAGCGACGCCUUGCGCGUAGCAUCGAGGCAGCCCCAGCAACGCUUAUCCCCGUGGAUAGCAUCAAGCAGGAAAAGACCGCCGACUUGGAUAGCUUCUACGAGGACCACGAGCUGGAGGAUACCGGCGAAUUCCAGUCCACCGGUGGUCUACAUGUGCUGGAUUCAUCUGAGCCCCAUGCGACGACAUCGUACGAGCACUCCACCAACGCCAGACCAUUGCAUAACCUGCUCGAGCCAAUGGACGAUCCCGUAGACGAAUUCUUCGAUUACAGGAGUAGCGAUGGAAACUACGAAGGCAGCGAUGACGGAACGUACAGUCAGGUGCAAGUGAAGCAAGAGCUAGAUCUAGAGGAUCACAUUGAUGAGCGAUUGUACGUUACGAGUGACGACGAAAUACAGCAUGAUCCGAAUGUACCGAGGGACAACCAUACGGCGAUGGUAAUUGACCAUUCCACGAUUACUCCAGAGGAAAAUGUGCACGAUGUACAAUGGAAACAUCGGCGGAUAAAGAGCAAAAGCGGAAAAGACUAUAUCUGUUGCGAAGGCUUUCUGUUCUCGCAACGGGCACCAGCAGCAGCAGCAGCAGCAGCAGGACCGGCGACAGCAGUACGCAACAGUCAGGAAUGGCACUGCGUCGUUCGGGAUUGUAACGCGAUGCUAAAGGAGAACAACUCCAAUCGAAUAGUAUCGGGGGUACGGCAGCACAACCACCAAAGCCCGGUUACCAAAAACGCUACGGUUCAUACCAUUGUACGUUAUCUGAGUGGAUUGGAAGAAACUGAGCAGUUGAACCAGAACAAGACGACCAGACGGCAUAGGGCUGAACCGGAGGGUACACCGUCAACCAGUGACUACCAGUUCGUGGUGAAUAUGCGAAACGGAACUUCGAUCGUACACAAUGGUUUCCAGUACAGCCAGAAGCACAAGCGGAUGGACGGUACGAUAUACUGGAAGUGCCGCGUCAACGGUGGUAGCUGUGAAGCCGGCAUUUUCCUAACCCCCUCCAAGACGAUCGAAACGAUCGGAAAACACAACCACGAUGCACAAUGCCUUACUGGCAUGCAGCGAAGGCGACGGCGCAGACAUCCGGCCGACCAGCGCACGACGGACGACGAAGAUGAACUGCCGGAAGAGGAUGGGUCUGAUGCAGUGCAUGAGGAAGGGGAAGCUAGUGGGCAGAAUGAGCUAGUGGAUCAAUCCGAGGAUAUCGAUCUGAGCGCGUACUUGAGCACUCACAUGAAUGCCGAAUCGGAACCACAGGACCCACCGGACCGAGUAGAAACGCCAUCCGAUGACGUAGAGGAAGCGAAACCGGCCGGCCGCAAAACCAAUGAACCUUCCGGUGUCCCGGGCACAUUAAAGCGGGGCUAUAAUUUUCAGAUCGUGCGUAAUGUAAACCAAAAACUGCGGCUACUGUUCGAUGGAUGUCUGUACGAGAAGGAGAACCAGCGGGAAGAUGGUGCGAUCAUUUGGCGCUGUCGGCGCAACUACGAUCGCUGCCAUGCGCAGGCGAUUCAGCAUCAGCACGGUCUAGUGGAGAUCGUCGGGACACACGUGCAUGAUCAGGUGCGUCAGAAGCGCGUUAAUCUGCUCUCUUCGAGCGGGUCGUUCGCGUACCGUCUAAUCCGGAUGGCGAACGGGAGGGAGCAGCUCAUUCACGACGGGUUCCGGUACCAGCGGCGGUGCGUGAACGGAAAGAUGACGGAUCGGUGGCGCUGCGUCAACUCCGCGGCCGACUGCCGUGCCAUGGUCGUGGUGGCCAUGGACGGAAUGGUGUACACACUGCAAUCGCAAACUCACUGUCACGAGCCAACGGAGAAACAGGGACGGCGCGCUGGUACAGGCGAGAGCAAUAUCAACACGAUAAAACAGCCACUGGUUUCAAUACGGCCACUAAACAUUCUUAAAGCGAGCGACCGGCUGCGUACCAAAACCCCAUCGCCCAGAAAUGUCGCAGGACACGUGACACGCAUCAUACCAGCGAUGGCUCGCCGUUACGGUUACCGCUUGAUACAGAACAAGAAGGGCAAUGAGGGGCUCGUGCUCCGUGGCUACCGAUACUGCAAGCGAUUGGUCCGCCCGGACGGCACUAUCAAGUGGCACUGUCGUAUGAACCUGAAAACAUGCACCGCCAAGCUAACGAUGGCACCGAAUGGUAGUAUCGUUCACGACGGUACCGCGCACCAUAAUCACGCCCCAACGGAUGAGAUGCCAAAGGAGCCAAAGCCAAAGGUAGUGAAGAACGGACAGGGGCGACGGGUGUACGCACUGGACGAGAAAACGUUCACCGAGAGCGAGUGGUAUUUUGUGAAGAAUGUGAAGAAUGGCGACAGUCUGGUGCACGCCGGUUUCCGCUACACACGGAAGGGAGACCGAGUGGACAAAUCGUCACUCUGGCGGUGCUCCCAGCGAACGCUGGGCUGCUGGGCGGGUAUCAUACUCUUUCCCGAUGAAACCAUUGCCAAGGCGAACGAGCACGAACACUGCCAUCCGCCUACUGAGAACGAUCCUAAUCGUAGUGGGUCACCGGCGUCGACGAGCCCAUGGACGACAGCGGCUGCUGGCACUGAAAGCGACCAAGACCAAGACCAACAGCUGUCCGAUGAAGACGAUAAACCAAAGCUGAGGCGCAAUUCAUCGACCGUAUCCGGGUUACGAAACAUCAUCCCCAAGGCGGAAGCCGGUUACCGGAUCGUAAAGAAUCGGCUCAACACGAACAGCCUGCUGUUCCGGGGGGGACGCUUCUUGCACAGAGGUAAACGGAGUGACGGGAGCGUGGCAUGGAUUUGCAACAUGAGUAAACACCAGUGCCGCGCAUCCAUCAAAAUCCACGAUGACGGGCAACUGGAGAUUGUCCACGAGCAGCACAACCACGCUCUGGCCCCCGAGGAAGAUGACGCUAGCCAGGACGAAGAAGUGAAGAAGCAAGAGGAAUCGGAAGAGGAUGAGAAGAAACCGGCCCAUGGCGGCAACCAAGAGUACUACUACAGCGUCAAUCGGAUUAAUCGGGAGUGUCUUGUGUACGAGCACUGUCGAUACGGGAAGUCGGGCACCCGAGCGGACGGUACCGUUAUGUGGCGUUGCGGCAUGAACGGCAACACGUGUAUGGCCCGCCUGUGUGUUGAUCCGCAGGGUAAACUGACGCUCUACCGCGAAUAUAAGCAUAACCAUCGUCCUCUGGAAGAACUACCACCGGUCGUACGCUUGCCUGACCAAGCAACGGACAGUGGUCCCGCCUCCUCCUCUUCCUGCUCCACAACCACGUUGACACCGAAGACCGUCAACACGAAGCCGGUGAUCAAGGGGAACAUCAUUAGCUGGAACCAUCAUCGGUACCGAAAGAUGCAGACAGUGCAAACGGACGGUUCUUCGGUGUGGGCCUGCACCACAUCCGACCAAUGUUUGGCGAAAGUCAAGACCAUCACGCAGGAGGAUGGAAGGAUGAAAGUGCAGAGCUUAUAUAGUCACAAUCAUGAUCCUCCCGAUCAGCAGCAGCAGCAGCAGGAGCAGCAACAGCGGCUGCGCGAAUGCGACAAACUGUUCGCGCUGUACCGUACGCCCCGUGGACGGCUCUCGCUCCUGUACGAAGGCUAUCGGUACAGCCUGCAGUCGCAGCGGGUGGAUGGACACUCAUUGUGGCGCUGCUACGCCAAAAAACUUUGCCGCGCCGGGGUCGUUGUGUCGGUUGAUGGUACGAGCGUGACCAAGACCAAGGAUGAGCACAUUCACGGCGCGAACGCGGAUGGCAUCGCUGGGAUGAAGCUGUCGCUCGGCCGAAAACCUGGUGCCCCGACCUUCCGGGAGCUGGUGAAACGAUUCAUUAAACAUCGCAGCAUACCGUUGUCCGUCGUGUCCGUCGAGGAGGAGCGGGCACCGGUGAUGACGGCGUCACCGUCAUCGACGAGCACUCCAUCUGUAUCUUCGUCCUCUCGUCGCGUUGCGUAUACCGAUCACGGUGAGUAUGGUUUUGAGAAGAACAAAAAGGGACAGAGGCGGCUGGUGCACGAAGGUCGCCGCUACUAUCUCGGCUACACGCUCUCGAACGGAGUGAACGUGUGGCGCUGCGCUUACCGGAAGCCACUGCGCUGUGCGGCUUUGCUUCGCCUCUCCAAAACAGGCAAAAUAAUAUCAUCCGUCGACAGCGCACACAACCAUCCGAUCGAUGUGACAACCGUCGCCGAACGGAACAAUUACCGGAGCUCGGCUGCUGUGUCUUCGAGUAGCAGCCGACCGGUGAGCCAACAGGAGCUGGAAACCGCCGACUCCUCGGAAAGCUCCGCAGAAGAGGAUAGGAGGGAAGACGAGACGGAUAGCAGCUAUCGUACCGAUUCGAUGCGGAAAUCUAGUGGUGACAGGCACAACCACGACAAAGUUCCGUCGGCACCGAUCUAUCGCGAGCAGAUCGGUCCCGAGGGUACGCGCGAUUUCCAGUUCGAGGGACGGUUCGGUCGCACGAUACGGUGCCAGAACUUCCGCUAUCAGCGCACCUGGGAGCGCAAGGAUGGGCUCGAGUAUUAUCGCUGCAUCGGUUUCCAGCCGUACGGUUGCCUUAUGAUGAUGAAACUAUCCACGGACAAGGUGCUGACGCAUCACCGGGGUGAGGUCCAUUCGCAUCCUCCCUGCGCCCCGUGUUCUGCCUCGGUUCCCAACUCCCCGUUGACCGGAUCAGCGAAACCAUCCACGAGUACGGCGACCACAAAGCGUACGUCUUUGGAGUCGUCGAAUGUGCCCGAAUGUGGGACAACGGUGUACAAGGACUAUCGGAUGAUGAAGAAACCACGGGGAUCGAUACUGCAGCACCAUGGGUACGAGUACUGGACGCACAGCCGGCUGGCCAGUGGCACCGUGAGCUACCGAUGUCGGAUGCAGUUCAAGCUCAAGUGCUUCGCUACGGUUUCGAUCAAUUCGUCCGGCCUGCUGACGAUGCGGAACGAUCUGAGCCACAACCAUGCGCCAACCGACCCGACCUACGUUGCUGCAGAGCAGGAAGAAAAGUCGGAGGUAGACGAUACGAACACGGCAGGGCAACUGUCGAGCCUGCACCGUAGGAUGAUCGAGAUGGGCCAGCGAAAAGCGAAGGAAAACUCAUCCUCUUCGACGGACGAAGAGCAGAACGACGACGGCGAUGACGACGAAGAAGAAGGAGAAGGAGAAGAGGGGGCAGGUGCAGGAGAAGAGCUCGGCGACAGCAGCAACAGUGUUGUGGUCGCUUCCGGUAGCUACACGAAAAAAACCAAAAAGUACAGCUUCAUCAAGGUGUCCCAGUACAAGCGCUGUCUGUUGUACGAGGAUUAUUUCUACGAUUUCGACAAGGAUCUUCCGGAUGGGCACAAGCGGUACGUGUGCUCCCGAUUCACUUCCAACAACGCGUGCCAGGCCUCGGUGUUGCUGCUGAUGCCGUCCGGUCGGCUGCUCGUGUCAACCGAGCCGAUAAAGCACACGCAUAACCCGCCGGAGAGCGAGUUUAUCUUGCGGAACAUUGGCCGUGGAUCGCGCCACUUCGAGAUCACCCAAUCGAGACAUGGCCGUAGCGUGCUGCUGUACGAAGGCCAGCGGUAUCAGACACCGCGCAGUAAACCCGACGGUUCAGUCAUCUGGUCCUGCCAGGAGUUAAUCGGACAGAACAACAAGCGGUGCUACGUGUCGCAGGAAAUCCUACCGAACGGCCGGGCCGCACCACCCAGCGAUCGAGAACAUCAACAUCCCCCGUGGCAGUCACAGCAGCAACACGCACCAGUUGCACCACGCGCUGCUUCAGUCGAAGCGACACCACCGGUACCGUCGAGCCCGACAAAGAUACUGCUACACGGUGGCUAUCGGUACGAGUAUGGGCGUAAGUGUGCGGACAACUCGAUCCUGUGGCUCUGCAGCAGGCGCCCCGAUUGUCAAGCGUCCAUCUACCGACUGGCGAACGGUGGUAUACUAAAUGGCAUGAAGACGGAGCAUACACACCGGCCGGAUGUGGUUUCCGGUACCGAGGUGCCACAGCAGCAGCAGCAAACGUCCACUAACCUUACAGCGGCAGAUCGACCACGGAUUGCUUCGAACGUGCCACGGCGGUUUUCUUAUCCUACACCACGGGCAGCAGCAACGGCCAGCAGUACUGGCCCCAAACCCCGCAAUAGUAUCGGGGCGAUGUGCUACAAAGGGUACCGAUACUGGCAUAAUCGCACAUUGCCGAAUGGUGUUCAGUACUGGCGCUGUUGCAAACGCCAGAAACAGCACUGCCUGGUGACGCUGCAGAUCCUGCCAGAUGGUAUGAUCGUGGAUGAUCGUAACCAUACCCACACACAUCCUGGCGAGGGGCAGCAGUCCCCGUUGGUGCAGCGGGAGCAGCCACAGACAAAGGAUCUCGAUCAGAAGGAAAAAGAAGACGAAGAUGAGGAAGAAGAGGUUGUUGCACCACGGACCACGCGGUACAGUGGAUAUCGGUUGUACCGGAGCCACCUGCGGAGCGACGGAUCAGCUAUAUACCAGUGCCGGCGAAGUGAGAACUGUCCGUAUCAGGUGCUACGGCUUGCGAACGGUGAAAUGGUGGCCCGUACGGAUGCCAAACAUAAUUGUGAGACAACACAGACCAGUGAUAAUGAUGGCAACUACCGGCACGAUUCUGCAGUGGAUCAAACGAGCAAAAGAGGCCCGGAGAGUGACCAACGGGGUGACGAUCGAGAGGAUUCAUCGAUACUAGGUCCUUCCGUGAAAAGGAUACGGUUGGUGGCGAAUUUCGAGCAGCAGCAGCAGCAGCACCACGAGGAGAUUAACGAAGGCAGCAUUGAUAAAAAAGGAGAGAUUUCAGACAACGAUGACAAUGAUGGUGAUCUGAUGCAGCUAUCAUCUAACAACAAUCAUGACGGCGCCAAAGCCAUCAUCACAGUCGAGCAAGACGAUGAUGAUUCAUACUGUUCGAUCCCGGUUGAUGACCCGGAGAGCGCUCCGGAAGCGAUCGAGAAAGAUCUAGGGGAUGACGAGGCUGCUGUUGCCGUGCCUUUAGCAACCGAACAGGAUAGUUGCAUCCAAGACGAUGUGAACGAAAAUACCGAAGAACUAGACUGGAACAGGCAGGACCACAGUGACAAAGAAGAGAAUGUGCUCGAUCCGGGUAAACUAGUAGAUGACACUGUAAUGUAAAUUUUUGGGGGGGGGAGCUGGCGAAAUGUAUAGCCGUUUUAUCGUUCUAAUUGAUUAUGCCUGGGUCAAGUUCACCUGAUUGACCGACACAGUCGCAUACAUGCCAUUAAGAAGUUUGAGUGGAUUGGGUGAAAUUAUUGUUUAAUAAACUGUACAGCUGUUCAA